GCCCAGCACUGAAGGCAGGAAGCGAGCAGAGCGCGGUGGAAGCGACGGGGGAGUGACUGCAGCAUGCACUCUUAGAAGAAGCUGCCCGACACACUUCAGCUACCGGACGGAGAACUUCACCGUACAUCUCUCUUUUCCUUGGAACUGUUUUCUUCUUUAUUCCAUGAGUGCCACAAGCGUGCUGUCCUUCAGUCCAUCCGCGAUGCCUGGCCCGGUCAUGCCAAUGGAUGUGGCGAUGAGAUUCUACAUCAGCCACUCUCCGCCUCCUCUGCGAGGCUUCCUCAGCUCCUAUGAGGACCUACAGAGGGCCAAGAACCGGGUCAACCAGUCCAGCGCCCGCGGCCCGCAGCGCUACAAGCCGCUGCGACCCUGCAUCAGCACCGUGCAGAAGGCGGCCGUGGACGACUGCGAGAGCUGGAGCGCCACCAACAGCAUGAAGGCCGGCAAGAAGAGGGUGGUGUUCGCCGACAGCAAGGGCAUGUCGCUCACCGCCAUCCACGUCUUCUCCAAGUUCGACGACGAGCCGUACCAGACCAAGCGCGGCCGCCGAGUCACGGAGGAGCUGCAGUUCGACAUGACGGACCUGGAGACGGCCACAAUGGACCUAAAGAUCAGCUCAGAGCGCAGCCUGGCGCUCGACUUUAACCAGCCCUCGGCCGACUACCUGGACUUCCGGAACCGCCUGAUCCAGAACUCCGUCUGCUUGGAGAACUGCUCCCUGCAGGAGCGCUCACUGACCGGCACCAUCAAGGUCAGGAACGUCGGCUUCGAGAAGUCGGUGCAGGUGCGCGUCACCUACAACUCGUGGGUCAGCUUCACCGACGUGGAGUGCACCUUCAUGAACAACGUCUACGGCUGCCAGGACACAGACACCUUCGCAUUCAUCCUGGAGCUGCCCGCCUACGUCCCGCCGCAAAACCGAGUCGAGUUCUGCAUCUGCUUCAAGGUCCCGGGCCAGACCUUCUGGGACAAUAACGACGGCAAGAAUUACGUUCUCAAGCAUGUCGGCUGGAACGGGGAGGACCUCAGCACUCUGGCGCCCCCGACUUCUGUUGAGCAGAAGAAGGCCUCGGAGCACAAAAACGGGGGCGUGAAGGUGCUGGACCUGGGCUACGAUCAGUUCGGCAGUCCCCGCAUGUCCAGUGGACUGUUUCCCGGCUGGCAGAGCUGGGGUCAGGUCGAUAACACCGUGCCUUACUGGUGAAAUGGUCGGGAUGUUUGCUGAGCUGGCACUGGAGUAAGAUAACAGACACUAACAGGGCAUUCAGUCCAGAUCCAGCCGUGGGUUCCACCUCGACUCUGGCUCACAGCCAGAAACUGAACUGAAGCAAACAGCCUCUGCUUUUUUAGCAGAGGAAGUACACAAACCAGACAGAAACUUAACUGUUAAUGUGCUCAACUGACCUGCUUUUUGCUGUAACUCGGUCAUUUAGCCUGAGAGAAGAAGAAGAAGAAGAAGAACUGUGCAGUCGGAGGGGGUUCUGUGGUGUUCCACAUAGUUCUGUUUGUAAGAUAUUCAUGUGCCUUCUCUGAGUACCUGCCCACUAAAAUGCAGAAUAUUUGUACGAUCCACAACAAAUGUUGAGCCCCUUUAAGUGCCUGAUGCAUGGGUUCAGCAUGCACUGAUUGAGAUGUCCCUCUCAAUGUGAUGUCUGGAAAUGGAGCUGAUCAGUCCUUCAUAUUGAAGGGAGAGCACAGCGAGUGCACGGCGACUACAUGCUUCUCUACUAAAGACAACACAGCUGAUUCAUUUCUGAUGAAAAAUGCACACUAAAACCUUUGCACCUUCAUGAAAGAAAAUAAUCACACAUGAUUCAAAUGGCCUUCGUUAUUUUCAGUCUGAGUCAUGCAGCCCUUUCUUUCCCUCCAUGUAAAUUGCACGUUUGUCUGGUUAAAAAAAAAGUGUUUGAGUGAUGUAAUUUCAAGGCGAGUUUAUUGAGGAACUGAGCUGCUAUCAACAGAAGUGUCACAAGAAAAGACUCUGUAUGUGAUUGGUUGCCACGAACGGGGGGAGAAGUGUAGAAAUCUCUGUGGUUCUGGUAUGUCAGGAAGAAGUGAUGUAAAGAUGUAAUGUUUUCGUUUGCUUGUUCUCACAAGUGCAAUUGUUGGUGAUGAGUGUACAGUAUGUGUGGCUGGAAUCAAGAUGUAUUUUAUUCUCACUGUGAAGAAGGUUUGUGUCCCAGCAUUCUGUGUUUUAUCACUUGAAGGUGUGUGUUGGUGACGCGCGCCGUGUCGAUUGUGUAUUUCCUUUUUGAAAUAAAUUUCUAUAUUUGUGCUAAAA